AUGGCUCGAGCGUGGGAGCACGCCAUCGGUCUGCGAUCGGUGGACGCGUUCUCGCAGCCGAAGCAGCUCAUCGAGCUGCAGCCAGUCAGCGCGCCGCGGUCGGAUCAGUCAGCCCCGCUGCCUUCAAGGCGAGAGGAGAGGCCUGGUCGGCAGAGACGGUCCGUGCUCAUCUACCUCGCCGCGGCAGCGCUCCUUCUGGCCCUCCUCGCCACCAUACUAAUCAUCGAGGCGCUUCGCAUGAAGAACCCGCCACCGGCGCCGCCGGCCGCCGUGCCACGCGGCUGGGGAGGCCGCUUCGGCGUGAACCUUGGGGCCGUCUUUGUACCGGAGCCCGGCUUUGCGGCGUCCCUCUUUGCGGAGAUGCCGCGCCCUUCUCCGUGGGACGGCGACUGGGCCUCUGUCGUGCAGGCGGCUGGCCUGAUUCUGCAGUCGCACUGGCUCUCCCUCUGCACCACCAUUUCUCCGCUCUGUGCGAUCUGCUGUGGAUCUGCGACGGGCCGCGAGGCGGCGCGAGCUCGCUACCUCGCACACAUCGACCGCUACAUCGACGGACCGCUGCUGGCCGAGCUUGCGGCGGCGGGCAACACUCUGCUGCGCGUGCCACUCGGAUUUUGGAACCUACUCGCGUUCCCAGGGCCGGGCGGCUUGCGCCGCCCUCGUGCCGACUAUCUGCCGCGGCUGGAGCGGCUGCUCGUUCGCGCCGAGGCCGCCGGCUUCACGGCCGUACUGCUGGACAUGCACGCGCCUGCCUGCUCGGCGAACGGCGAGGAGCACGGCGCCGUCUCGCUCGAGGGCAGCAAGGGGCUGCUCCUCGCUAGCGCAACGGCGCGCACGCCGAGAGGAGAGGCCUCCCGCACAGAAGCAGCUCUUGAGGCGCGCAACCUCACGCUCCGCGCGACGGCGGCGAUGGCGUCGCUGCUCGCCUCGCGCACCCGCCUCGCGUGGCGCGCAGCGCCGUCUCUCUACGCGAGUUACUACGAGGCGGCGGCCGCCGUGGUGCGACAGCACGCAGGCGAUGUCGUCCUCUGCGGCUAA